AUGGCUGAAGUUAAACGGCGAAGGAGGAAGCCCAAGCCUCUGGAGGAGGCCAUACAGUUUUCCCUUCUUAAAAAAGACAAAGAAGGGCUUGAUGGCAGAUUUAUCAAUGAUUCUAAAGCUGAAAAGAAAGUAAGAGAUUUUAAUCAGGAUAUGGAAGAGGGCCCUGUAUUGCUGUACCCAGAUGGUUCAGAGGUGAAAAACAUUCCAGGAACAAACACCCCUUUCAAACUACACCUGUACAAAGAAGCAAUUGGAAAGGCUUAUCAAAGAAUAACACUGUUUAUAAGCACAUUUCAAGACUUUUUAGCCAAUGACUGCUCUGGGGAUUCUUCUAGCGAAGACAGUGAAGUGCAAGUAAAGUCUACCUCUCACAGUCUGCAUUAUGAGAGUGACACUUUGAUAUGGGAUGUUCCAGAUGAAGCAAGCACACCAAAUGCAGGAAGCACAUCAAACAGACAACAUGUUCAAGAAGAAAGAUUCAACAUAAAUAGAGCCGAUGUUUGGGAUGGAGCAAUUCGUGGAUUCAGACGUGCAUCAUACAACCCAUCACACGACAUGCUUGUUAAAUUCACAGAUGACGAAGGCACAACUGAAGAUGCAGUGGACACAGGUGGUCCCAAACGUGAGUUUCUAACCCUCCUAAUGGACUGUUUAAGGACACGGAGAAUCUUUGAUGGUCCAGCAAAAUUGUCUUGUUUUAUACUAACUGGACAAAAACAAUUUACUAUAGCUGCCAGAGAAGAUGAAUACUUUCUUGCGGGGCAGAUGAUUGCAGUUUCUAUUGUUCACGGUGGUCCAGGUCCUCGCUUCCUCUCAGAUAUGCUAUACAAUCACCUCACUGGAAGGACUGACAUUAAUGGAACAGUUGAAGAUAUAACAGAUGAGACCAUGAAGGCAGCUUUACUUGAGAUAUCUAGUGCAGCAUCUUUGGAUGAAUUACACAUGCUUAUGGAUAAGUAUGCCAGCUUGCUGCAGACUGCUGGAUGUUUUGAUUACCCACAAAGUGUAGAAGGCAAAGAAAACAUUGUUAAGGAUUUCAUACAGUGGUACAUAAUUUACAGAAACCAAUACUCCGUACAAAGAUUUAGCAACGGUCUUUCCACCCUGGAUGUCAUCCAUGCCCUGGAACAACAUCCAAGUGUAUUCAGACCCUACAUGUGCUACAAUGUUGAGAAACUAACACUUGAAUCACUGGAGGCUGUCUUCAAGGCUCAGCUCAGUGAAGUUGGUAGCACCAGACGACACGAAGAAACAAGGAUUCUAGGAUACUGGAGAGACUAUCUGCUUGACACUGGAGAACAAGAAACUGGAAUCUCCCUCCAAGACAUCCUGAUGUUUGUUACAGGACUGGAUUCACUGCCUCCUUCAACAAUUGAGCCUCAGCCCCAACUGACUUUUGAGAGGACUUCUAAAUUUCCCAUUGCCAGCACAUGUGCCAAUACAAUCAAAUUGCCAAUGUCCAAAAGCUAUGAAGAGUUCAAAAAUGCAAUGGGCUUUGGUAUCCAAAACUCACCUGGUUUUGGAUUGCACUGA